GAUUAGUCUGGAGAUUCCUCGAGGGAGCUUCGUUGCGGUUGUGGGUCCAGUGGGCUGUGGGAAGUCGUCGCUGGUGUCUGCAGUCUUGGGAGAGAUGGACAGUCUGCAAGGAAGCGUGCAAAUAUCGGGCAGUACGGCCUACGUGCCGCAGACUUCGUGGAUCCAAAACUCCACUCUCCGCAACAACAUCCUGUUUGGCUACAGCUACAACCAGAAGAGAUACCGGAAGAUUAUCGAAGCCUGUGCGCUAGUCCCUGACCUGCAGAUUCUUCCUGGAGGGGACAUGACGGAGAUCGGGGAGAAGGGAUUGAACCUCAGUGGCGGUCAGAAACAGAGAGUCAGCAUUGCCCGGGCAUUGUACGCCAACUCGGACAUCUACAUCAUGGACGACCCUCUGAGCGCCGUGGACUCUCAUGUCGGCAAACACAUCUUCAAACGGGUCCUGUCUGAUAAAGGCUUGCUGAAGAACAAGACCCGUAUCAUGACAACAAACGCAGUUCACUGGCUGCCCUUGGUGGACGUGAUCAUCGUCAUGCAGGAUGGUCGCAUCACCGAAGUUGGUUCCUACCUGGAGCUCAUGAAACGCGUGGGAAACUUCUCUCAGUUUUUGUUGACGCAUUUCCGGAAAUUUCAGGAGUCGGAAUCGGAGGUGGAUGAAGACAUUGAAGUCCGGCAGAUGAAGAUGAAAAUGUGGGAACAUGUCGAGUCUGUGACCAGUCAGUCAGAAAGCAAUACUUCCGGAGAGGAGCUGAUCAAUUUCCACCAGAACAGUCUGUUGCUGCUAUUGACUUUGGCUAUUGUUUGUGCACUUCAUUUUCCCAAAUGCCAGGUCAUGAUCAGGCACGCCGCCACGAAGAAAACAUGUUGUGUGAAUAUUUUCUGGAAGGCUUCCAAUGUGUUGGCGAGCGUGUGGUUGUCGAAGUGGACCGGUGACCCAGAUUUGCAGUCGACCUCCUUCGUCAAGAACAUGCAGAAACAGAGGCAGUACAUCAUAGUUUAUGGUGCUCUAGGGGCUGCACAGGUGAUAUUCAUCUUCGCCUACGCCUGUGUUGCUGCUCUCAGAAUGGUCACCGCUGCUGCAGGCAUGCACGCCGCGAUGCUGGACCGCGUUCUGAAAGCCCCAAUGAGCUUCUUCGACACCACCCCAGUGGGGCGGAUCCUGCCCCAGAUCGUCUUUAUGUGGGUCACCUGUGUGUUUUCUGUAGCGGCCACACUUUUGGUCAUCAGUGUCAACACUCCAAUAUUUACAACCGUGAUUGUACCGCUGUUUCUGGCCUACAUAGCUAUGCAGAGGUUCUUUGUACCCACGACACGCCAGUUGAAGCGGCUCGAGUCAGUGACGAGAUCUCCAAUAUACUCGCAUUUUUCCGAGACACUGUCCGGAUGUCACGUGAUCAGAGCCUUUGACUCUGUUGCCCGGUUUGUGCAGACUUCCACGGACCUCAUUGACAAGAACCAGGUGUUUUACUUCGCAGGCAUCAGCGCCAACAGGUGGCUAGGAAUCUGGGUGGAGGCAAUCGGCAGCCUGGUCGUGUUCUUCAGCGCCGUCUUCUCUCUGAUGACCCCUGGGAUCAACGGGGCUGUGUUGGGAUUGUCUGUCAGCUAUGCACUACAGAUCACUCAAGCGUUGAAGUGGCUAGUUCGGACAAUGAGUGACAUUGAGACCAACGUGGUCAGUGUGGAGCGAGUUCAAGAAUACUCCCAACUGGUCCAGGAGGCUGCACGUUACACGCCCCUGAGGUCUCCUAACGAAUGGCCCUACCACGGACAGAUCGUCUUCAGACAGUACUCUACUCGCUACAGGGAGGGUCUGGAGCCGGUACUCAAGGGGCUGGAUUGUGUCAUUCAGCCUGGAGAGAAGAUUGGCAUUGUUGGUCGCACGGGAGCGGGGAAGUCGUCACUCACUCUCGCCUUGUUUCGUCUGUUAGAGGCCAGCUACGGGGAAAUCAUCAUCGACAACAUCCCCAUCUCGGCCCUCGGCCUGUAUGACCUCCGGUCUAAGAUCACCAUUCUGCCACAGGAUCCGGUUAUAUUUUCUGGAACACUACGGGAAAAUUUGGAUCCAAAUUUGGAACACCUGGACCAAGAAAUCUGGACAGCGCUGACCAUGUCCAACAUGAAGCAUUAUGUGUCUGCUAUGCCAGCUGGCCUUUAUUCUGAAGUUGGAGAAAAUGGUCUUAGUUUAAGCUCCGGCCAGAGACAGCUCUUGUGUUUGACCAGGGCCCUGUUGAGACGGACAAAGAUCCUGGUCCUUGACGAGCCGACGUCAUCAGUGGACGUGGAGACUGACACCCUGGUACAAUCCAUGGUGAGGAGGGUGUUCCGCAACUGCACAACCAUCACGGUGGCGCACCGGAUCAACACGAUCCUAGACUGCAAUAGAGUGAUGGUUCUUGAAGCCGGCUCCAUAGUCGAGUACGACAACCCUCAGUAUUUGCUGCAACAGGAAGAAAGCCAUUUCUAUAAACUAGCCAAGUCUGACGGGAUCAUUUAA